UUUCAGCAAGGUAACAAAGAAUACAGACAAGGAGAUUUUCAUAGAGCGCUACAACUGUACACUGAAGGACUUCAACUAAACUGCAAAGAUAAUCGGCUGACAGCCAGACUCUACAAUAACAGGGCAGCAGCUCAUUUCCGUUUAGGUAUGGAAUUUCAACGUUCAAUUAUUUAUAGUUUACUUAAAAGUUCUUCUUCAAAGAGUCAUGCUAAUUAUGCAAAUUUUUCUGGUCGUUUAUCUAUCACUCCAAAUGGGUUAAAGAACAUCCAGUAAUAUAACGGCUACUUAAGAUAAAGACUCCAAAUCUUGUGACCUAUAAUGAACCGAAAUCCCCGAGAAGAGCUUUAUAUCAGUCACGACCCUCUUUAAUUUCACGUCGAGCGUUCAAGUUCAAGUGUUAGGUCCUAAUGGUAAAAAAGGGGAAAAUUAAUAAACCAAUCCCGUUAUCACCUGCACUUCCCAUAUGUAUUCUUCCCACCAAACCCUCCCUCCUCCCCCAGCCGCGUUAUCGAAGGUUUAUGAGGGGGCCCAAGUCUUUCCAAGGUGAAAGAAAACCUCGAAUUAGUUGUAAAGAGUCCUGUUGAAAGGGAGUCGGUUACUCUUUUUGCAAUUCUAUCGAACGCAAAUGACCUGUUAGCUCUAAAUCCCUCCUUUAGAAAACUUUGAAAACAGCCUAGAUGAUGCCACAGUUGCUGUACAAUUGGAGCCAACUUUCAUCAAAGCCUUGGAGAAAGGUUAGUUUAAUUUUAGUCGCCAUUCAGUGGCGAUAGCUCCCUGGCUACGUACGUUGAAGUAGAUGUUUCUGGUUCAAAUCUACGCGGUCACGCACCAUAAAUCUUCAUUUGUGAAUUGAAAAUGCCAAUAUUUUGGCUUCUCAAAGAAGGCACUUAGCUAUUUAUCACUAAUCCUUUUUUUUAUAGGAGCUGAAGCUUGUGUGCAGCUUAAGUUGUAUGAUGAAGCAAAGAUCUGGUGUCAUAAAGGAUUGGCCGUAUCCUUUUGAAAAGUACAUUCGUUUCUAAGACGUAAAAAACUCCAGUGAUUACCACUUUAAGCUUAACUUAAGAAAAUCUAGUGCAAAUUUAAGACGUCCAAUGAUUUUCAAAUUUUUCAAUUUUGAUUUAAAAGCUGAAUUUUCGGUGGUCUCUAGCUGUCAGUUUCAGUCACUUUUCUCGGUGAAAUAUGAGUAUGAUUUAUGUUAAUGCCAUUAAAACCAGUUCUUACACCAUUUCCUGCUAACAACGCAAACGAUAUGACCCGAAAUAACUAACGACAAAUAGUAAAAGACUUUCCCAAGAUGAUAUAUUACUGUAGAAUGGAUAUGAUCGUACGAUGCAGCUAUUUAUGAUGCCAAACACUGACAGCUGUUAAUGUCUUUUCCAAAAGGCAACGCGACGAAAGGCACUGCUUGUUGCCGUUGAGAAUCUGACAUGCGAAAGAAAAUUCUAUCUUAUCAGCAGCCUCGCUAAGAUUCAUGUUUGUCCAGUUUUUCACACGUUAAUGAUCCGAACUUGUUAUUCAAACAAAUUGACAGGCUGCGAGCGGACGUUUCAAAUUCCCCAGUAUUUUACAAAUGUACACGAGGAAGAGGCAGUCAGCGUUUCGAGCUCAUUAUUAUAAUUAUUAUCUGUCCUUCCCCCUCUCUCUCUCUCUCCUAACGGAAUCAAGCCUCUCCCUCUGGUGACCAGUAAUUGUAAUGCGUUGUAUUAAAUUGCAUCUUGCUUACUUUCAUUGUUUUUAAAUCUUUUAGUUCCUCGAGAACAUAGCUAUUUCGGGGGCGUUUCCAAUAUCAUCUUAUCUGCCCUCUUAACUCGGCACCAGGUCUCGGAAAGGGACAGCGAGCAAGUUAACUAUCCAGUCACUGUAUCCUCCCCCAUUUUGAGAUAAAAACGAUGCUGCUGAAUAAAUAAUGAUAUCAAUUACAAAUGAAAUGUAUAAAUCCAACUGUUUCAAAAGGUCAUCACACUCAAUGAAAAACCAAGUGAGCUUGAAGGAAAAAUGUGUCUACGCAGAGUCACGACUUGAACGCUUUGUUCGAUCUCUCUCUCUCUCUGGUCCAUUAAAGGCAAUCUUUUUCUCCUUUUGCCAAUUUCGACACUGUAGAUCUCCUCUUCGUGGCUAUACACCUCGUUAAGUUCUUGAUCUUCUGUCGUUCCUGGCCUCUUAUCCCGUCUACAUCAAAAGGUUCCCUUUGGAUCGUGCACACGCGUUACACUGGGUCGUUGUAGUAAUUAGGAUCUUUUAAUCUCCUUGUCAUCAUGAUUCUUGCGUUUUCACAGUUUUAUCGCAAUAUCUGUUGAUUCGUUCAGGAAUGUUAUCCAAAACCAAAGCCUCCUCAGCUGUUUUCCUUCCUUUCUUAAACGGCUUGGUCCAACCUUCAUCAACAUUCAUUUCCUUUUUAUCUGGCUGUUACGGUUGUAUCUAAUUGUCUUUCUUAGUCUGUGUGACGAUAAAAGUCCUAAUCCACUCGUUUUCCUUCAGAUCUUGUUUCAUAUUUCUAAAUUUAUGCCAUUUACAUUUAAUUGGUGAUCCCUUAUUUGCUCUUAAAUUGAAAAGACUUUGAAACUUCUUGUCAUUCAUAAUUGCCCUUUUUCUUGUGUCCCACCGAAACAUAACAUAAUCCUUAGUUAUUCAACCUUGUAGAUUACAUUUUUUUGAUACUCAGUAGUCUUUGGAACGAUGCUCUUUUACGAACGUUUUUUUUUCUUGGAGUGAAUGGAUACGGUUUCACUUCGUUAAAAUUAAUGUAAAAGAGCAUGGAGUAACAAGUAAGGGACCGAUAUUUUAGGCAAGGCGAACAAUUAGAAAUGAAAAAAGGGGGUAAGUUUCCAAAGAAACUGUGGUGCUGCGUCGGUGGGAGAGUAUAGCUGGUAAUUUAGUGUUAACAACUGAGUUGGAAAAGUAAAUUGGCCACCGUAAAGAGUUAAAAGGCUGAGCAAUUAAAAAAUCUGAUAACUGUGCGACUUAAUCGAAUUACUGUGUGAACUGCAAAGAAAAGUUAUCAAGAUUGACAAUUUUGUAAAAAAGGUGCUUUCGUCGAGUUCUCAAAAGCCGAAAAGGCACUCUGCAGGUAGAAGUCUUGCAGUGUCUAAUAGACUUUCUCCUAAAAACUGGAUGAAACACCCUCCCUAAGCAUUCCACCUUUCCUCUCAGCAGUGUCAUUUGACUUAACGCAUUGAAGAUGGACGAUAAUAGUAAAAGGUUGCGUCAUCUAUUAAACAAGUGUGGUAGUGAGACAAUCGCAUCCGGCGAGAUAAAGCCACAGCAAGUAAAGGUAAAUCUGACAACCAUUACCUGAAUUUUUUUUAAAUAGAACUGAUUAGGCAACCAGAAACUCUAAAGAGGUUAAAACGUGCAUCUCGAGUUCACAGGUCUUGGUCGAGGGGCCAGUAACGAAAAUCACGAAAUUAUAUUGCUUAAUCGUUACAACCGCAGGGGCCAAUAUUUUUCCAGUACUCACUCAAAUAAAAUCAUCAAAACGGGGUUAGCCAAAUCCUGAAGUCUUGUAAAAUAUACGUACGUUCUAAAGAUUAUAAAUCGAAAAAUUCUUAUGGCUAGAACAAAAGCCUAGCUCUCUGUCUCUGUGUUUUCUUUGGAGUCUAGUCACUUUCACAAACUUAAGAACCUCGUUGAAAAUCCACAUCCAGGAAGGAAUUCAGAGGAAUUCUGUGCGAGUGGUUCUCAUGGCCCAAUUACAGAGGUCUAAUAGGGAAAAUACUUAUCUCUGGCCUUUUUUAAAGACCCCGUUCGAACCUAAAACUUAGGGUCUAAAUAAGUGCGUAAUAAAACUUAGCAACACAUUUCCAGACCAUAAGGGAAACUCAAACCAGGAAAGGAGAUGAACUUUAUUCGUUUGUUUGAUCGCGACAUUUGUACUGCAAUACUGCUAGUCUUAAUUAGGCAGUGAGGUCGUUGUUUUCUAUUUGUAGCGCGUUAUUGUUGCUAUUGGUGCAUUUCGAUCCUCAUUAUUAUUCCGGUUGUUAGAUGGUGUUCCCCCAUAGGUCCUCAUUAAUCGGCUGUUGUGGUGUCUGAUCGUCGAAUAGACACUUAACAAUAUCACGCUUCACUGACUGAGGUUGGUGGGUGAAUCCCCCCCUGGUACACACGUAGGGUUAAAGAGGCUAUCCAUAUAAGACUUCAUCUCAACAACAUCAGUGGAGAUAGUGGAAUCGAAAUUCACGAAGCUUGGAUACUCACGAUCAAACAACACAAUAGCCGAUCAAAGAGGACCUAUGAGGGAACACCAUCUAACAACCGGAAUACUAAUGAGGAUCGAAAUGCACCAAUAGCAGCCGACUAACGUGCUACAAAUGGCUUAAGGAGUAAGUUGGCCACCGUACAGAGUUAAAAGGCAUACGUUCAGAGCGUCAGAGCAAUGAAGACUAGCAGCAUUGCAGUGGAAUCGUCCCGAUCAACAUCCAAAGUGACUCGUGAAACAAAGGAAUUCAUUUCAUCUUUUAUCUUACACCACGAUGAACAAAAAACGUAUUUUAUUACAUCAAACCAGGAAGUAGAAAUUACCAAAGAUCUGGGAGACAAGACUGGAGAAGGAAGGAGUUAUGGCAACCUUGGCAAUGCUUAUCUUGGUCUAGGACAGUUCAAAACAGCCAUCGACUACCAUAAACGUCAUCUAGAAAUUGCCAAAGAAGUGGGAGACAAGGCUGGAGAAGGAGCGAGUUAUGGUAACCUUGGCAAUGCUUAUCAUAGUCUAGGACAGUUCAAAACAGCCAUCGACUACCAUAAACAACAUCUAGAAAUUGCCAAAGAAGUGGGAGACAAGGCUGGAGAAGGAAGGAGUUAUGGCAACCUAGGCAAUGCUUAUCAUUGUCUAGGACAGUUCAAAACAGCCAUCGACUACCAUAAACGUCGUCUAGAAAUUGCCAAAGAAGUGGGAGACAAGGCUGGAGAAGGAAGGAGUUAUGGCAACCUUGGCAGUGAUUAUCGUGGUCUAGGACAGUUCAAAACAGCCAUCGACUACCAUAAACGUCUUCUAGAAAUUGCCAAAGAAGUGGGAGACAAGGCUGGAGAAGGAGCGAGUUAUGGCAACCUUGGCAGUGCUUAUGGUAGUUUAGGACAGUUCAAAACAGCCAUCGACUACCAUAAACAACAUCUAGAAAUUGCCAAAGAAGUGGGAGACAAGGCUGGAGAAGGAGCGAGUUAUGGCAACCUUGGCAGUGACUAUCAUGGUCUAGGACAGUUCAAAACAGCCAUCGACUACCAUAAACAACAUCUAGAAAUUGCCAAAGAAGUGGGAGACAAGGCUGGAGAAGGAACGAGUUAUGGCAACCUUGGCAGUGCUUAUCAUUGUCUAGGACAGUUCAAAACAGCCAUCGACUACCAUAAACAACAUCUAGAAAUUGCCAAAGAAGUGGGAGACAAGGCUGGAGAAGGAACGAGUUAUGGCAACCUUGGCAAUGCUUAUGAUGGUCUAGGACAGUUCAAAACAGCCAUCGACUACCAUAAACAACAUCUAGAAAUUGCCAAAGAAGUGGGAGACAAGGCUGGAGAAGGAAGGAGUUAUGGCAACCUUGGCAGUGAUUAUCAUGGUCUAGGACAGUUCAAAACAGCCAUCGACUACCAUAAACGUCUUCUAGAAAUUGCCAAAGAAGUGGGAGACAAGGCUGGAGAAGGAGCGAGUUAUGGCAACCUUGGCAGUGCUUAUCAUUGUCUAGGACAGUUCAAAACAGCCAUCGACUACCAUAAACAAGAUCUAGAAAUUGCCAAAGAAGUGGGAGACAAGGCUGGAGAAGGAGCGAGUUAUGGCAACCUUGGCAAUGCUUAUCAUUGUCUAGGACAGUUCAAAACAGCCAUCGACUACCAUAAACAACAUCUAGAAAUUGCCAAAGAAGUGGGAGACAAGGCUGGAGAAGGAACGAGUUAUGGCAACCUUGGCAGUGAUUAUCAUGGUCUAGGACAGUUCAAAACAGCCAUCGACUACCAUAAACGUCUUCUAGAAAUUGCCAAAGAAGUGGGAGACAAGGCUGGAGAAGGAGCGAGUUAUGGCAACCUUGGCAAUGCUUAUCAUGGUCUAGGACAGUUCAAAACAGCCAUCGACUACCAUAAACGUCGUCUAGAAAUUGCCAAAGAAGUGGGAGACAAGGCUGGAGAAGGAGCGAGUUAUGGCAACCUUGGCAGUGCUUAUCAUUGUCUAGGACAGUUCAAAACAGCCAUCGACUACCAUAAACAACAUCUAGAAAUUGCCAAAGAAGUGGGAGACAAGGCUGGAGAAGGAGCGAGUUAUGGCAACCUUGGCAAUGCUUAUCAUUGUCUAGGACAGUUCAAAACAGCCAUCGACUACCAUAAACGUCAUCUAGAAAUUGCCAAAGAAGUGGGAGACAAGGCUGGAGAAGGAACGAGUUAUGGCAACCUUGGCAGUGCUUAUGGUAGUCUAGGACAGUUCAAAACAGCCAUCGACUACCAUAAACAACAUCUAGAAAUUGCCAAAGAAGUGGGAGACAAGGCUGGAGAAGGAACGAGUUAUGGCAACCUUGGCAAGGCUUAUGAUGGUCUAGGACAGUUCAAAACAGCCAUCGACUACCAUAAACAACAUCUAGAAAUUGCCAAAGAAGUGGGAGACAAGGCUGGAGAAGGAAGGAGUUAUGGCAACCUUGGCAAUGCUUAUCAUGGUCUAGGACAGUUCAAAACAGCCAUCGACUACCAUAAACAACAUCUAGAAAUUGCCAAAGAAGUGGGAGACAAGGCUGGAGAAGGAACGAGUUAUGGCAACCUUGGCAGUGACUAUCAUGGUCUAGGACAGUUCAAAACAGCCAUCGACUACCAUAAACGUCGUCUAGAAAUUGUUAAAGAAAUGGGAGACAAGGAUGGGAUUGCCCAGGCUCUUUGUAGUCUUGCUAGAAAUUUUGAAAGGCAUGAAUGUCUCCAAACUGCCCUCGACUAUUAUAUUUCUAGUAGAGAGAUUUUCAAUAACGUUCGGGCUAGUUUUCUGUUGCACCAUAACUGGAAGAUUUCGUAUCGAAAUGUUCACAAAACAGCAUACAAUGGUGUUUGGCGCGUACUUUUACUCAAGGGUGAACACGUUAAAGCUCUUCUCGCUGCCGAGGAGGGACGUGCACAAGCUCUAAGAGAUAUCGUGGAUUUAAAGUAUAGCUUUCGACAAACCCUCACGUGGUCGAACUCUAGGAAAUGCUCUGAUUGUCUUUCAUUAAGAAACGUUUCAUCAGAUGUAGUUUUCCUAGCAAUUACUGGACCUUACAUUGCUUUGUGGACUAUUCGGAACGGGGAAGUCGUUCAAUCGAGAAUAAAGCAUGUGAACAACUUUCUUUACCAACGUGAAUUAGAAGUUUACAUUACGUCUUUGAAUAAGGCUGCUUCCUUGCAAGUUAGUGCAAGGGCUGCUGUUGAAUGGGAAAAAAGUUCAACUCAAGUGGGCCGAGAUGAAAAAGGAACGAGCGAUGGUUCUCCGCGAAACGCGACGACAAAUGCCCUGCGGAAGCUUUAUGAUAUCAUAGUUGCUCCUAUCGCAGAUCUGAUUGAUGGAGAUGAGCUUGUAUUUGUUCCUGAAGGUCCACUUUGCUUGGUGCCCUAUGCAGCAUUGGUGGAUUCGAAUUCAAGGUAUCUGUGCGAAUCUUUCAGGAUUCGAGUAAUUCCAUCCCUAACCAUUUUAAAAUCAAUCUCAGACUGCCCGACAGAAUUGCACAAUAAAACCGGUGCACUGCUCGUGGGUGAUCCAUGUUACAAGCAAGUCCUUUAUCAGGGUGAUUUGUUGAAUCAGCUGCCGGGUGCAAGGAAAGAGGUGAAGAUGAUUGGAGGAAUCCUCGGUAUUGCUCCUCUCGUUGGAGGGGAGGCGACAAAGGAAGAGGUAUUACGACGAAUUUCCUCAGUUGCGUUGGUUCACAUUGCAGCGCAUGGUAAAAAAGAAACAGGAGAGAUUUUCUUGGCACCAAACACAAGUAGGACAACCUGUCAAGCUGAAGAGGAAGACUAUCUACUGACAAUGAGAGACGUGUUACGAGCCGGGCUGCGAGCGAAACUGGUUGUGCUAAGUUGCUGUCACAGCGCUUGCGGUGAGGUUAUGGCCGAAGGUGUGGUUGGCAUUGCGCGAGCGUUCUUAGGCGCCGGUGCUCGAUCGGUUCUGGUAUCCCUGUGGGCCAUUGAUGACGAUGGUACUCAGGAGUUCAUGAAACAUUUCUACGGAGCGCUGGAAGAAGGCAAGGGUACUAGUGAAGCUGUCAAUCAAGCCAUGAAGUGCAUGAGAGAGUCUGAAACGUUCAGCAAAGGGUAUUACUGGGCGCCAUUUGUACUCAUUGGGGACGACCUGAAACUGGAAUUAACGGAAAUUAAAAGGUAUCCAUCGUAA